UUAUUGUUCGUAUUUGAUUUGACUUCGUUUGGACUCCCGUAACUUUUUGUCAACAGUUGUAACUCACCUUAAUUUUUUGCUCUUCCUUAUAAUUUAAAACUUAUUUUAUUAUUUUGGUUUAAUUUUUUUUUUUUCGUUUAAAUAUUUAAUUUAUUUAAAUAUAUUUAAUGCUGUGGAUUUAGUUGACUGAAUUUACGCACGUUACUUUCUAAUUUACAAAUGUACAUUAUUGAAAAAAAUGUUUAAUUAUGCGCGUUGAUUGGACAUUUUACACCAAUGUAUUACACAUCAAUUAAGUAAUAAUUCUGGAUUUCUAACAAUGUCUACUGCUACAAGUAGUGAUAAUUCAGACAUUGCUAGUAGAAUUCAAAAAAUAGCUGAUAAAUACGAAGAGAGUGGAUCAAACGUUAUAGUACGUAAAAUUGUGUGUACUGAAAACAUUUUAGACGAUCCAUACGAAAAGAAAAAACUUUCUGUAAUAUCCAUCUCAUCGUCCAGUAGUUCUUCAGAUUCAAAUAGUUCAGAUUCUGAUACUGAUAAUAGUUCAGACUUGGACGAAGAAGAGAACACUAGAGCUGAGAAGAAGUUUCUAGAACAUAAACACUUUGUUGAAACAGACUUUUAUACAUUAAAAGAAAUGUUGUUUAACGAAAGAAUUAAAGAAGUUGAUGAGAAGUUAGUCGAAGUGAGAUUAGGUACAGCUAAGGAAUAUCGUAUACCUUUACAAGAAUUACAAGAUCAAAUGAAAUCUCGACUUGAAGUAGCUACCGUAUUGAGACAGUUCAAAUUAACAAAUCUAAAACAUAAAUAUGAAGCGGAAGAACAAGCUAUAAGACAAAACUUUGAGAAUAAUAAGGAAAUUUUAUAUGAUACUAUAAAAGCUGAUUUAGAAGAAAAAAUUCAGCGAUUAGAAGAGGCACGUAAUGAAGUAGAUAUAGAUGCUUCUCUUUGGUUAGGUCGUAGUUUAACACGCAGUGGACGUGGACGUGGAAGACGGCCCUAUGGUCAUGUACAACCCAAGCGGAAACCAGUUAUUGUAUCUGGACCGUGUAUAGUCUACAACCUCAAAGAACAUGAAAUACUUGAAGAUUGGACCACAAUUAAAAAGUUGCUAUCAUCGUCAAAACGAAAAGAAAAUGCUGAACAACGAUAUAAACCAUAUAAUUAAAGCAAAAAGGUGAACCAUCAUAAAUUAUUUGUCUAGUAACUGGGUACUGUGGUGUUUUGGACAAUUGGUAUUGAUGUUGUCUUGAGUAAAGGCCUUGACUAAAUGGACUAGAGUUACUGAUUGGAUAUUUUGUUUGUAUUACUCUAUCUAAAAAGUUAUUAAACUUUGAUGAUGCAACUGUACUUGGUUCCAAUGAUUUUGAAUCAUGACAAUU